GUAAAACGUGUGUCGGUCAGUAAAUCGUCGACCGCCGGAGUGAAAGACGGAGAGUAAAGGUACCACAAGAGACACCAUCGCUAGAGCUAUUCAUUCCAUCGCGAGAAUCGAACUGGAGCUAGCCGAAAGGAAGCAAAAGUAGAGGUGGACGACGUUAUUCCAACAAUCCAAACGCAUUGCCGAGUACGCGUUGCUUAAGCACUUACAAAGAAUUAUUCGUUCCCAAAGAAGUGUUCACGCUGAGCAGAGGAACGAAUUAAACACGCGUGUGUUAUCAUCGUUAUCUAUCACCGGAAGUGAUUGUUAUUACUGUUACUGUUAUAGUUGUUAUUAUUAUUAUUAUUAUUAUUAUUAUUAUUAUUAUUGUACUUUUUCUUUUCUUUUUUCUUUUUUUUUUUUUUUUUAUCUUCCUCCUGUUCUCUUUUUCUUUUUCUCUUUUUCCCUUCUCUUGUUUCGUUCCGUUUACGUUUCGUUUUGUUCGAUUUAAAACGGACUCUCCCGGAAAACAAAAGUCUCCUCGACUUCCUUUCAUCCCUCUUUUCGAUUUUGUCAUUUUUCUUUUGUCUACAUUCUUUUUUCCCUUUCCCUUUCUUGUUUUUUUCUUUCUUUCUGUCUUUCUGUCUGCUCUCUCUCUCUCUUUCUCUUUUUAUCUUCGUCUCCCUUCUCUCCCUUUCUUUCAUCCUCACGUCCACCCUUUUUGGUUUUGUCAACUCAACGUUGGUUUCGUGAAAACGUACGGAUCGCGUGUGACCAGGCAGCGCGAUGCUCGAAGGAUUCGCGAUAGCGCGGAGCACGAUAAUAGGAAUCGUGGCGUUACUGAUCGGAUUUAACAGCCAUGAUCAUGCAUGCGAAGGAUUGCAAUAUCAACCGGUUGAGAUUUAUGGAAACGCCGAGGAAUGUGCUUUGAUCCUAGAUGGUCCUGGCAGGACUAGCGUUUUCGAUUACACUUAUAAUUUACUUCGAGGAAAUUUUCCACCUACUGCAGGAUCGCAGACCUGUAUCACCUACGAUGCCGUUAAUCAUGCCUAUAUCGAGGCGAGGAAACGCAUCAACGUCGCAAAGCCUAAACACGAAAUAUGGAGACCCGAGGAUCUGGCUACGGUCGGUGAACUCUUACUUGACAUAUCAACUAAUUUAGCUCAAAUAUACGGCCUGACAUUUGAGGAUAUUGAGAAAAAUCUUCCAUUGAUCGAUACAUCGAAAACAUUGAUACGCGAGAUAUGUCCCGCUUUUCUAAGCAACGUCGAAUGUCGACCGGGAAAAUAUCGAAGAUACGAUGGGCUAUGUACAAAUUUACAAAAUCCAACAUGGGGUUCAACUUUGUCGCCAUUCACAAGAUUAAUGCCACCACGAUUUUCCGAUGGUAUAUCAGCACCUAGGAUAGCCGUAAGUGGACGAGAAUUACCAUUGUCCAGAAUAGUAUCUCGUACGAUGCAUCCAGAUGAGGGAUAUCACGAUCAUGCUGGUACUGUCAUGGUGAUAGCCUGGGGCCAAUUCAUGGAUCAUGAUUACACGCUUACUGGAACGCCCUUAGAUCCUCUAAAUCGUAAUGAUCCGGAAGAAUGUUGUUCUCGUCCACCGCAUUUAAAGAAUCCAUAUUGCAACGAGAUACGUAUACCAGAGGACGAUUACUUCUACAGAUUGUUUAACGUUCGAUGCAUGGACUUUGUACGAGCGUUUCCUGCAGUUCGACCAGGAUGUCGUCUUGGAUCACGUAUACCUUUCAAUUUGUUAACCGGAGUUUUGGAUGGAAAUACCGUUUACGGUAUUACGGAGAAUUUUUCUAGAAAACUCCGAAGCGGUUAUGGCGGAUUGUUAAGAAUGAAUCCAGUUUUUAAUGAGUACGGAUUGAAAGAUCUAUUGCCAUUGAAAUUAGAUAUACCAGACGAAGGAUGCACUCGUCCGAACAAAUCGAUGUACUGUUUCGAAGCAGGUGAAAUUCGAGUUAACGAGCAGUUGGUAUUAACGUGUAUGCAUACGUUGGUAGCAAGGGAACACAACAGGAUUGCUAAAAUACUCACUCGUAUUAAUCCUCAUUGGGAUGACGAGACAUUAUUCCAGGAAUCAAGACGCAUAGUCAUCGCUGAAAUCCAACAUAUCACUUAUAAUGAAUUCCUCCCGAUUCUUUUGGGAAAAGACGUUAUGGAGAAGUUUGGACUUCUUCUUGAGAAAAAUGUAUAUUGGGAUGGAUACGAUCCAACAGUAAAUCCUGGUGUUAUCGAUGCAUUCGCCGCUGCUGCAUUUAGAUUUGGACAUUCCUUGCUACCAACUGCGGUCGAACGUUGGAGCAAAGCUCAUAAAUUUAUUGCUUCGAAAAGAUUAUCAGAUCUAAUUAGAAGACCGUACGAUCUAUAUCGCGCUGGAGUUUUGGACGAAUACUUUAUGGGAUUAAUGAAUCAAGUUGCCCAAGCUAUGGACGAUUCGAUAACACAAGAAGUGACAAAUCAUUUGUUCAAAAAGGUUGGUGCUAAGUUCGGAAUGGAUUUGGUAUCAUUCAAUAUGCAACGUGGAAGAGAAUUUGGUAUACCGAGUUACAUGGACUUCCGAAAAUAUUGUGGAUUACCCGAGGCUAAGACCUUCGACGAAUUGUUCGGAUCCAUGCCAAACGAGACUAUUGGACGAUAUAGCUCCAUUUUCGAACAUCCAGCGGACGUAGAUCUGUGGUCCGGUGGUGUAUCAGAGCGACCACUUCCGGGUAGUAUGCUUGGUCCAACCUUUGCCUGUGUAAUCGCUACGCAAUUUAGCCAUUCACGACGUGGUGACAGGUUUUGGUACGAAUUACCGAACCAACCAUCGUCCUUCACUCUCGAUCAACUCAAUGAAAUUCGUAAAACGAAACUUGCUAAAAUGAUAUGCGACAACACAGACCUAAUAGACACCAUACAAAUAUAUCCAAUGGUUCUGCCUGAUCAUGAAAUCAAUCCACGAGUACCAUGCCGUAGUGGUGUAUUACCAAGUAUAGACCUGAGCAAAUGGGCCGAGUUUCCAACGAGCCAUUCAACGCAAUAUCGUCGACAAUCUCGCGAACCUAAUCGAGAUGUGAUACAUUUUCUACCUAAACCUUAUCAAAGAUUAUUCGAAUUCAAUUCGAAAAAGAAAAACCUUGGGAAAAAAGACGAAAAUGUUAAUAAAUAUAAAUCCGUAUUAUGGACGAGAAUCGUACGAACGGUAACGACGAUCGACGUCUUAUCAAAGAGCAUAGAAAAUGAUACGAUAUUCGAUAAAGAUUUUAAACGUGUUCCCGUAAUCGAUGGCGUCAUCGAUUUUAACAGGAUCAUCGAGAAAAUUCGUGAAAAAAAUAAAAGGAUUAAUACACUGAAGAAUAAACGAUUCUCGAGAGAAAUAAAUGGUAAAAGUAUUACGGGUAAACGAUUCAAACGUUCCACAUUAGGUCUGAAUAAUAAUACUAAUAAUAAUAAUAAUAAUAAUAAUAAUAAUAAUAAUAAUAAUAAUAAUAAAAAUUCGUCGUACGUAAACAUGGAAAAUAUUCAUAACAAUUUGAAACUCUAUCGACAUCCUAAAUUCACUCAGGAGGAUGAAAAAUCAAAGAAUAUCGAUACGAGUAUAAACGUUAAUAAUGAUUUUUACAAACGCAUAUGGGAGAUAAUUAACAGUUCACGUCCAAGUUUUAAAAUCGUGGUACCGUCUACGAGAACAUUGAGAGAAACGCAGAAAGAUAUUUUCAAGGAUGAACAAGUAGCAUUGUCCAGUUCAGAAAUCGAGGAUUUAAAUCUUCCUUAUAACGAGACUGGGUCUUUGAACGAGAAAAAGAAGUCAUUUACCGAUGUACCUUUCGACGAGAAAAGACCUUCAGAGGAAGAGGAGGAUGAGUUUGAUAAGUAUGUUAAAGUAAUUGAUACGAAACACGUCGGCAAUCGUUCAACAUUUGAUCCAUCGUUCAAAUCGAAGAAUAAAAUGCUUCAUAACGAUCACAAAGUUAUCUCUAAUAUUAACGAUGAAUCAUCAUCGUAUAUUGAUUCUAAUCGAAAUGGAUAUUCUUCAAACGAGAAUAUAAUAUCGUUUGAUACCUCGAAAGAACCUAAAAAUGAGAGCAAAAAGGAUAUCGUUAAUUAUUCUCCUUCCGUGCCAAUAGAAAAAUUUGUGGAAAAUAACAAAUCUACAAUCGAUUACAAUCUAUACAAUAUCCCUUAUGUCGAGGUACCCGAUUACACGGACGAAAGGGAAGAAAGUUUAGACGAGGAGGAUCGUCUACGUGCUAAAUCACAAAAUUCAAAUUCUAAGAAUUUAUCGAUUGACUCUAUUGACCGAGCGAUGAUAAUAAUAAAUACUACGUCCGAUCAGGCGUAUUCAGUGGGGAAAAAAAAUGAAACGAUUGACAAACAUGAUAAUCAAUCGCCACGAUCAAUGGCUACGAAGAACAUUAAAUCAUUCGAAUUUUCUGAUCCUUCGAAGAACGAUAUGAUUAAUCGUGAAAAAACGAAAAUGAAUGAGAAUAAUGUUCAAAGUUCCGAGUCCGAAGUUAAAAAUAAGUCGAAUGAUGACUUUGCCCUAUCCGAUAUCGAUUUUGAUAUAAACGAAUAUAGAAAGCCAUUCGAUUUGGAUGACUUUUUAAAAAACGAACCAUUUUUUCAUGAACUCAAAAAUAACAAUAACAAUAAACGAAACAGUAAGGAACCAUCGUCGGAUAAUAAUAAAAAUAAUUAUUCCUUUAUGUCGAAAAAUGCAAAUAACAACGACGAGGAUCCUUCCGAGGAUACGAAGGAAUAUAUUGGAAUAAACGACGACAUGUUAAGCGAAGAAAAAGAUUUUCUCGAUCGUUAUUUUACCAAGGACGUUGUCGACAAAUUAAAAGCGAAUUCGGACGAGGAAAUUCUCAUGGAAAACAAAAGGAAAGAUAUGGAAGAAAAUAAGAAGAGGAACUUAAAAACGUUGUCAUCAAUUCUUCAGAAAAAGGAUCGAAUUUCAAGAUUCGACGAGGAAGUGAAUAAGGAUAUCGAGGACGGUGUAAAAAAAGCUCCCUCCUUUUAUAAGAAUUAUUGGUCUCUGGAGUACAAGUUGCCUGGUACGAAGGAUAUAAAAAGAGACGAAGAAAAUAUGAAUUAGAAAGAUUUGUGAAAAGGUAUACGCGCCGAUCAAUUUAUACUCCUAUUAAAUUAUCUACAAACAAAAUUGACUAAUACACAUAUAUAUAUAUAUAAAUAUAUAAAUAUAUAAAUAUAUAAAUAUAUAAUAUUACACUCUUACUAUAUUAUAUUAUAUUUUUUUAUAUAUAUGAGCCAUUGAUUUUGAAAGUGAGGCGAGUCCAUUAUUUUUUGUAUUCCUUUUUUAC